GGUAUCGGUGCUAGUGCUUUUUUACCUUGUUGCUUUGGUCUGGUUGGGUUCUUUUUUUCUGUUUCCUCCCUCAUCGUAUGCGGUGUGCGCAUUUUCCCUGUUUUUACUCUUCACUGGGGGGUCUCUUGUGCUUUAUGUGUGCGAGCAUGCGUUGUCUAUCCUACGUUGUAAGAGCGUGUUGUGUUGUGUUGUGCUAUUAUGUGUGUGUGAUUUUCGUUGCGGCCUUUUACACCAUUAUACCAUUCGAUACCUUCUUUACAGCCCCGUGCUCUGUUGCUGUUGCUGCAGAUUGGGGGGUUCUUACAUCCAUCAUCACUUCCGUUGUUUUCCGCGUGUUUUGUGUUUUUCUCAUGCUUUUCCCUGGCGGUGUGUUGUGUGUUUUCAGCUCUUGUUGUUUGUUUGUUUGGUCUUUUGCCUUCUUUUUGUGUUGUUUUUCACCUGGGCGGAUACGAAUGGCGUACCUGGUGGGUGGGUGGGCCUGGUGGGGGAUGACUCUGGUUGGCAUGGACGGAAGGUGGUGAGAAGGUGGUGGGAAGGUGGUGAAGUAGCAGCUACUCUAGAUAGUGCUCGAACUAAAGAACACGACACGGUGGGGGGACGUUCAUGUACUUUUUUAUACAUGUACAAUCCCACCGUGGUCAUCACCACCACCAACCACUCCUGCUUCUCUUACUUCUUCUUCUUGCCGGCCUGGUGUGCAUUCUGUAUCUUGUAUCUUGUAUAUAACCCUGGGGUUUUUCAGUUUUUUACUUUACGUUCUGUACCUGGCAUGUUAUGUUACGUUUGGGCUGGGCUUGGGUGAGCUUGGGUGGGAUGGGACG